AUGACGGACCAGAGCAAUUAUAGUUCUCUCCGUGGUUUUAUUCUGCUUGGCUUCUCUGACCAUCCCAAACUGGAGAUGGCACUGUCAGGAGUUGUCACCAUCUUCUACUUAAUCACAUUGGUGGGUAACACAGCCAUCAUUCUUGCAUCUCUCCUGGAUUCCCAUCUCCACACACCAAUGUAUUUCUUCCUCAGGAAUUUAUCUUUCCUAGAUCUGUGUUUCACAACCAGCAUCAUCCCUCAGAUGCUGGUUAACUUAUGGGGACCCGAUAAGAGCAUCAGCCAUGUGGGUUGCAUCAUUCAGCUCUACGUUUACAUGUGGUUUGGUUCCAUCGAGUGCCUUCUCCUGGCUGUUAUGUCCUAUGAUCGCUUUACAGCUAUUUGUAAGCCCUUGCAUUAUUUGGUAAUCAUGACCCCACAGCUAUGCCUCAGAAUGAUUAUCAUGGUCUGGGGUAUCAGUUUGGCCAAUUCUGUAGUAUUAUGUACACUCACCCUGAAUCUGCCUAGAUGUGGAAACAACCUUCUAGAUCAUUUCUUGUGUGAGUUGCCAGCUAUGAUCAAAUUAGCUUGCACUGACACCACAACAGUUGAAAUGUCUGUUUUUGCUUUAGGCAUUGUCAUUGUCCUUGCACCCCUCAUGCUUAUUCUUAUAUCCUAUGGCUACAUUGCCCAAGCUGUGCUGAGAAUGAAGUCAAAAGCAGGCCAACAAAAGGCAGUUAAUACCUGUGGAUCUCAUCUCACUGUGGUGUCCAUCUUCUAUGGAACUAUUAUCUACAUGUACCUGCAGCCAGGUAACAGUGCCUCCAAAGACCAGGGCAAGUUCCUCACCCUCUUUUACACCAUCAUCACUCCGAGUCUCAACCCCCUCAUCUACACCUUAAGGAAUAAGGACAUGAAGGAUGCACUGAGGAAGCUGAUGAGACUUGAGCACAUAUCUACAAAACUGAAAAUGAACUGGAAGUCAUAG